AUGGGCGAUGAGGCUCUCAUCCUGUCCACGACACAGGCCACGCUGAUCGAUCAUAUCAACAGCUUCCUCGGGUUGGACAAGUGGCAGCUUCACGGCGUUGGAUUCCAGCCUGGCAUUCUGCUGUGUAUGCUCUGCAUUGUCUUGUGGACCCUCUGCGUGUACAAGGAGUUUCGGCUGAUAUUUACCCAGGGCGAGAUAGCCUUGUCGGUUCCCAGAGCAAGCCGGACCACCAUCUACAGGAACAGGUUUCGCAGCCUGUCUCGCGGGCGUUUGUUCAUGCUCCUGACCAUACAUCUAGCGCGGGCAGGCAUUGCUUCCAUCCUUUUGGUUGCCGGUAUCCUGUGGUUGGCCCGUACGACAUCCAUCCAGGACCUGAUGUUGAACGCAGUUGCGCUGAACGCCAUCCUGGACGUGGAUGAGUUCCUCUUUGUUGGUAUGACACCCGCAAAGAUCCAGGAAGCGUUGCGAAAGUUGAAACCCAUGCGAGUGGAUUACAGCCACACACGAAGUCAGUUCGAAUCUGUGGUGCACUUCGGGGCUCUUGUGGUCGUCGUGCUUCUCUCUUACUUUUUGCUGUUGGUCCCCCUCCAGCAGGAUAUGUUAUCUGUGAAGAGAGAAAUGUGUUACGGCAACCAGACAUUCGUCGUUUCACACAACACAGAUACACAGCGGACGAUUGGGCUUGUCACAGUGCUCUCGAGAGAUAUUGGAAAUGACUCCAUAAGCGAGAUUGCAGUGCGAGCUCACAAGGCGACCUCCCCGGAGACAACCCCUGAUGCUUUUUCAACCUACAUUUCGUUCGCGCCGGAUAUCGAUGCCUUCCAAGAAAGGAGGUCUCGCACAAUGAGGGAAGAGGCAUCUGCGUAUCCCUUCUGUGUGGAGGCUCGGCUCCUAAACACAAGUGGUGACUUGUACGGAGAUGCCUCCUUGUUACCUUUGGCCACGCAGCUGGUGAACACUGCAGCUGCCACUGUUGGGCGCGACGGCGCCACUACCUGCCAAGAGAUGAAG